CGUUUAUAACGAUUGUUAAGCAUAAAGCUACAUGACCAUUUGUUAUUUAUUUGUACAAUAUGAGCUUUAUGAUUUGGUUCUGGGCUUGAUGCAGCUAAAUUUGGAAAUGCCGUGUAUUCUGUUAAUUAUACCAUCCGUCUUCAUGUAGCGAGAUUGCAGUCUAGAUACUCAUCAGAUCCUUCCAAGUUCAACUACUUGUACGGUUUCAUGCAAUUUGAGAUUGAAACAUUUUCUCUUAAUAUUCUGACAAGAAACAUGGAUUUUGUGGUAGAACUGUUUCGGAACUUGCUGGAGCAUCCGGAGUGGUUUACGAUUGAGGCUUGUAAAGAUGCCUAUGGCAAGACCCUGAAAAUAUGGUUUGAACGACAGGAAUGGUUUGAACCAAAUAAUACAUUGAGUAAAGUCUACCCGGCGCUUUCUACGGACAGAGAAAAGUUCAUGGAGGCAAUCGAAGGCAAUGGUGAUGUGAUGGGUGGUAUAAAGAAAUUUUGCUCUAUCUUUACACCUCUAAUUAAAGAGAUUGACAAGUUUUUGGCUAGUUCGGGCUCGGAUAAAUCUAAGCUACUUAUUGAUGGGGGGGGAGGUUUCUUGAUUCAGUUGCAUUGCCUGCCAUUUGCCUCCCGUUAUUGCGGAUCUUCGGAUUGUUGAAUUGCUGUUUUUGUUUCAUUUUUUUCAGGCCUCAUAUGGCCAACCAAACAACAGAAUAGACUUAAUUUGCUACUCAUGUCGAAUUUACACCUCCCUCCCUCCCAACCUUGUUAUUCUUUGAUAAUUCUUUCGUUGACAUAUUCAAAUAUGGAUUUUUUUA